AUGGCUUGUGAAGAAGAAACCACGUCAACAAAGACCGAAAAGGGGAGCAUCGCUCCAGAGGCUCAAUCCUUGGAAAAGGAGGAAGUGCCUGAGGAAUUGGCCGAAAUCAAGGUUCCAGAAGCACCCAAACGCACAAGGGUGCCAGAUGCCGUCCAGAGGAAAUUAGUGGCUAAGAAACAGAAGGGCCCCCAACCCAGCAGAUUGGCACAGGAAUUGCAUGACGACCAGGCAGAGAGGAAGAGACAUUCAAUGGACGUGUAUGUCCAGAUCAUGGGCCUGGACUCGGGGAAAACAUAUGGGGUCAAAGCACUGCUCGAUAGUGGUUAUAGCACCUGUUGUAUCAAUACCAACUACGCACGAGCGGAGAAAUUGGACAUCCAAGAGCUUCCACAACCUAUUGUGGCUCAUGACGCCAAUAACACCGAAAACAUCAGCGGUCGGAUCACGCAUUACUUCAACCUGAGGAUGAGAAUUGGUCCUCAUGUGGAAACACGCACAUUUCUCCUGAUGUGUCUAGGAAAAGCCUGGAUCUUCAUUGGUCUUGAUUGGCGGACAGAACACAACCCUGAGGUGGAUUGGCAGGAGCAGACAAUGAGAUUCAGCUGA